AUUUUUCACCAUGCUGGAAGAAUUACGCCGUGCUCUACAUCACCACGUGUCAGGUUCGACGCCAAAAGUGGCGAAAGAGAGUGCAAUGGAUGAAAUUCGCAUGGUGCUUAGACUUUUUAGUUCUGUUUAUCAGAAUGACUUGACAGAAUUCAAGUGUUUGUUGAAAUCUGGAGUUGAUCCAAAUGCAACAGAUUGUGAAGGAAAUUCAUUGAUGCACAUUUUGAUCGAAAAUGGACUUUUUGACAUGGCUGAAUCUUUGGUAACUCAAGAAGCAUAUGACAUAAACCAACAAGACCGAAACGGACAAACACCACUAAUGCUUGCCGUCAUAUUGGGCGAGGAAGAUAUCAUUCGACUUUUAGUGCGAGGAGGGGCUGAUGUGAACGAAGUUAAUAAUGCUGGCAAGUCGGCCUUGCUGAUUGCUUUGGAAGAUGGAAAAUUUGAAACAGCAGAGUACCUUAUCAAGCAUGGCAGCGACGUUAACGUUGUUGAUCGUCUAGGCCAGAGUGCCUUAUUCCUCAUGAAUAACACUUCAGACCAUAAAUGUAUCAAGUUGCUGAAGAAACUGAUUAAAGCUGGAUAUUCGUUCGAAAAAGACAGAUUCUGGAUGAAAGAUGAUGGAUUUGGAUGCUCACCGUGUUCCUGUGAUAAAUCUGUGACAAAACUUUGGAAGAGUUUGGACUGUAGCCGUACUUCUUUAAAUAGAAAUUUGAGUGUGCACUUUGCUAUGAAGAUCACAAAAGUUGGAUGAAAUACAGGGCUCCUUUGGCCCUUCUGCCGUAAAAUCUGUGAUACUUGGACUGUGAUAAUGCAAUUUUGAUGUAAAUUAAGAAUAAAUUACUCAGCUUGUAAUGAUGAUUUAAAAAGUCAUUAAAAUUUUGAAAUUAAAACAAAA